UUUAUCGUAUUCCAUAUUAACUCUUCUCUCUCUCUCUCUCUCUCUCUAGAAACACGUACACCGUACAUCUUCCUUCUCUAUAUCUCUAUAUUUCUUCUAUCUCAAAAACUACCGCAAAAACAAAAAAAAAAGAAGAAGCACCAAUCUCUCUCUCUCUCUCUCUCUCUCUUCUUCUUGGUUCUCUCUCUCUCUCUCUCUCUCUCUCUUCUUCUACAACCUCUUCUUCUUGGUUCUCUCUCUCUCUCUCUCUCUCUCUAUGAAUCUCCAUGAGCUAGCUCUUAGUCUUUGACUCCUUUGUUUUGUAGAAAAAGAGAAAAUUUAAGCGCACACUGCAGCAGUCUCUAACAGACAGUUUCAGAAGUCUUUUUUUUUUUUUUUUUUGGUUUGGUUUGUGUUUGUGUUUUUGUAUUUGAUGGCGUACCACAACCAUCUAUCUCAGGACCUUCCUCUACACCACUUUACGAACCAAUCCCAACAACAACAACAGCAAAACCAAUCGUUAGCCGAUAGCACUACUCUGCGAACAAUCUUACCCGACCAACUCACCGUAUCCCACCACUCCUCCUCACCCGACCCGAAUUCCAAGAACUCGGAGCCCCACCACCACCAUCAUCAUCCUCUUCAGACCGCUCCUAAUUGGCUCAACAACGCCCUUUUACGAACCACCACACAAUCUCACUUUGGAACCACCACCACCGCCACCACCACCAACACCACCGACAAUACGAACAACAACAACCACAGCACCAAUUUCUUAAACCUCCAUACGGCUUCCGAUUCCCCCGCCUCUCAGGCUUCCAAUCAAUGGCUUUCCCGUCCGAUGCUUCAGAGGAAUCACAGCGACGUCAUCGAUGACGUCGCUGCUGCUGCUGCCGCUGCCGCCGCCGCUGCUGCCGCCGGUGAGUCUAUGAUCGCCGGAACUUUGUCGCAUGAUUCCACUGGCGAGUUGAAGAACGGAGGUGAGAAUUUGAAUAAGAGUGAGGGGGGUGGGGGUGUGGUGGUUGAGAGUGGAGUUGGAGGAGGAGGUGGUGGUAGUGGUGGAGGAGAAGGUGUAAUAAACUGGCAGAAUGCGAGGUGUAAGGCGGAGAUUCUUGCUCACCCGCUUUACGACCAGUUGUUGUCUGCUCAUGUGGCUUGUCUGAGGAUCGCUACCCCUGUUGACCAGUUGCCGAGGAUCGAUGCCCAGUUGGCUCAGUCUCAGAAUGUGGUCGCUAAGUAUUCGGCUUUGGGUCACGGCUUGGUCGGUGAUGAUAAAGAGCUUGAUCAGUUCAUGACACAUUAUGUUCUGUUGCUCUGUUCCUUUAAAGAACAACUUCAACAACAUGUUCGUGUCCAUGCAAUGGAAGCAGUUAUGGCUUGCUGGGAGAUUGAGCAAUCUUUACAAAGUUUAACAGGAGUUUCCCCAGGUGAAGGUACAGGUGCUACGAUGUCUGAUGAUGAUGAUGACCAAGUAGAUAGCGAUGCAAACUUGUUUGAUGGAAGUUUGGAAGGGCCAGACACCAUGGGAUUUGGACCUCUAAUCCCCACGGAGAGUGAAAGGUCGUUGAUGGAGCGUGUGAGGCAAGAGUUGAAGCAUGAACUUAAACAAGGAUACAAGGAGAAAAUUGUUGACAUAAGGGAGGAAAUUCUGCGCAAGAGGAGAGCAGGAAAACUUCCUGGUGACACAACAUCUGUCUUAAAAGCGUGGUGGCAAUCACACUCCAAAUGGCCAUAUCCAACAGAGGAAGACAAAGCAAGGUUGGUACAGGAAACUGGUUUGCAAUUAAAGCAGAUAAACAAUUGGUUUAUCAAUCAGAGAAAGAGGAAUUGGCACAGUAACCCUUCAACUUCCACGGUUUUGAAAAGCAAACGCAAAAGAAGUAAUGCAGGUGAAAACGGCAGUGACCGUUUCAUGUAAAAUGGAAGAAAGGUCAUGAACCAAACUUAAAGAUGAUCCUUUGUUGAUGCUUCCACACCUGCAAUGUUUUAGACAAACAACUUGGGACACACGUACGUAGGGCUUCAAGGAAGUCUCCAGGCUUUCGAGUGAAGGGAUCAUAUAUUCUACAGAAAGAAAAUAAAAAAAAUUAAAAAAAAAAAAAAAAAAAGAAGGCUAACACUGAUGAUGAGGGUUGGUGAUGAUAAACCAAAAUAUGAACCAUUAUACAGGUAUGCUCACAGGCAUGCAGAUGGAUUAGUGCAUGUAUUAUUUUAUCGAUACAAAUUCAGUACUUAGGAAUUUAUAUUACUGAGACUAAAUGGACAAUUUACGAAUGCAAUUAGCGGGUUUAUGAUUUUGUUUACCGUUUUUCACAUUUGUGAAUAAGAAUAGUGAGGGGUUGUGGGUGUACAGUGUAAUAAUCUGCGCAUGAUUUCUUAGUCACACUGGUGCUUAUAGCUUUUUUUUGGGCAUUUGAUGUAGAGAUAUAUUUGUAGCAAAUAUGGUAUAUAAUUCUUUUCUUACAGUA